ACGACACAAGGACAUGGUCUCUCUCUCUCUAUAAAAUCAGACAUCUAUGCCAUCAUGCAUAAUGGAUGUUGUUAAAUUUCCUAUGGAAUGAUCCUAUUAUAAGAUGGAUAAUUUUUGCUCAAUUUUCUUGUUUAUUCACAUAAAUAGAAUAUGUUUAAUGUGUAAAUGCAGAGAAAUGAAAAAAAUGUUUGCACUCAGAAGUACACUCUAUACGGAAAGUUCUCUGUCUCCUUGUGUGGGUAUUAUGUUUCGGUGUGUCGAAUGACUUGCUGCGAUAUAUUAAACAAGCUAUUCAGAAAGUAAAUAACGAACGGUGGGUCUCUGUGUCACAUACUCAAUGCAGGAGAAAUGAAGAAAAAAAUAAAAGAUCCACAAGCUAAAACGACAAAAGUAUGCAUACAUGAGUUUAGACCUUAUUUGCUCUGGAUGGCACGCGACGGGCCUCCCGUAUGUUGUUCCGUCAGGUAGUCACCAGUAAGCACAAAGAACCCCCUUCUCAAAUUGACCCUGACUGUUCAUGACACUGUUUUUAAAGUAACACUUAAUAACGAACUGUAUAUGUUGAAUAUCGUUAGAUAUAUGCACUACUAACACUGCUAGCGCUUCAUUAGAAGGGAAUACUAAUAACACAUGUGUACCUAUGAAUCUACAUAUUGUAGGCGUGAAAAGCCUGUAAACACGCAUUUAAUAUUUAACAGAGCGUUGCUCACGGAACAGCGUAGUAUAAGGUUUACAUAGCUGUUGAGUUGAAGGCAGUGUCCCGGAACCAGAAUGUGUAAUUUUUGUAAAAUACACCUCGUCCAACCUCCUAUUUAAAAUAAUUUAUAUGAACCUUAAAUGACAUCCAUUUAACUUCCUUGUUGAUGUGGAGUCGCCAUUAAACUCGGAAUGGCGACGAGAAAGAUUAUUGUAGGAAGAUGUUUGAUCCUGAUCUUGUUCUACAUAUCUAAUACUGUCAGAUCUGAAAGUAACGUCGCCUUGAGUAAAGCAACAGAACAAAGUAGUGAGUUUGGGGGCGGUAAACAUGUAGCCAGUAACGUUGUGGAUGGUUGUCUAACUGACUUCGAUGGUGGUUGUUGUACACAUACGGAGGCCGGUCAAAACACGGCCUGGUGGCGUGUUGAUCUGGGAGAGUUGAAGACCAUUGAUAGGAUCACAAUAUACUACAGAAAUGGUUUUCAGCACAGAUUGGCAGGAUACCAGCUUUAUGUAUCCAAUACCACCAACACACCAACAGACGGUGUCCUGUGUUACGAGGACACUAGUAGUACUAGAGAUGCUGUACAGCUGGUGGUGACACACCAGUGCCCGUAUGUAGGUCGGUAUGUGACCGUCUACAAUCAUAGAAACCCAAAACGAUACAACUGGUACAGUGAUUACGCUAUUCUGGAGUUAUGUGAGGUACAGGUGUUUGGAUGUCAAGUAGGGAAAUACGGCGACAGAAACUGUAACAGUCCUUGUUCACCAGCGUGUUAUGGUGGUAACUGUAACUCCAAAUAUGGGUUCUGUUUCUAUUGCUUCACAGGAAAAUAUGGCGUCUUCUGUAACUCGGAUUGUCCCUCGAAUUGUAAAAACAGCCUUUGCACGAAGGACGCUGGCAACUGUUUAGAAUGUAUUACUGGCAAGUACGGAAACACAUGUGAUGAGGUCUGUCCUGCAAAUUGUAAGGAUAUGUUGUGUGGAAUGUCCACGGGACACUGUAUUGAAUGCAUUCCUGGAAAGUACGGAAACACAUGUGGUCAGGACUGUCCUGUCAAUUGUAAGGAUAUGUUGUGUGAAAAAUCCACAGGAAACUGCAUUGAUUGUGUUCCUCAGAAGUAUGGCGUUAAAUGUGAAGGGGACUGCUCUGCAAAUUGUCAGGACCGACUGUGUGAUCAAGUCAACGGGAACUGUUAUGAAUGUAUUCCUGGAAAGAAAGGGGAUAACUGUGAUCAGAACUGUCCAGGAAAUUGUAAGAACAUGUUGUGUGAACGGGACACAGGAUCUUGUAAAGAAUGUAUUCCUGGAAAGAAAGGGUAUAACUGUGAUCAGAACUGUUCAGGAAAUUGUAAGGAUAUGAUGUGUGAACGGUACACAGGAUCAUGUAAAGAAUGCGUAACUGGAACGUACGGCAAUACAUGUGAUCAGGACUGUCCUAGAAAUUGUAAUGACUCGUUGUGUAUAAGGGACUCGGGACACUGUAUAGAUUGUGUUUCUCAGAAGCACGGCACUAAAUGUGAACUUAACUGCUCUACAAAUUGCCUGGAUAGUCUAUGUGAGAAAGACAGUGGGAACUGUUAUGACUGUAUUCCUGGAAAGUACGGUCCUAACUGUGAUCAGGACUGUUCAGGAAAUUGUAAGGACAUGCUGUGUGAUAAGGAAACAGGAUCAUGCAAAGGUGGGUUACUGUUUGAUAUAGAUAUUAUGCACAAAGCAAUCAAACCUAUCAUUAGAUCGGCGAAAAAUCUUGUAAAUUUUGAUAGGUUGCAAGUCCAUGACGAUUAUGGGUUCAGUGACUGGUGGCAUCCGUGCCUGUUUGUGUUUCAAUAUUCUGGGAACACGGUAUUUGUUCAUUGUAUCAAUAUAUUUAUCACCAUACUGGUAACAAUUACGUUAUAUAUUCCAUGUAUAUAGACAAAAAUAAAUUAUGACAAAUUAUAGA